AUGGAGCAGUCUCCAUACGACACGCCAUUCGAUCAGCUUCCCAACCCCAAACAGGUUUGGAUGGGAAAGCCUGGCAGCUAUGAAGAGGGUCUCGGAAAACUAGCCAUGCUCACCCCUGAAGUCGUUGCACAGGCGGCUGCUAGUGAGAUCAAAUGCGGUCGUCGCGUGACGAUGGGAUGGGAAAUGACGAAGUUGGACUAUCCUAACCUCAAUCGGCAACCCUGUCACCACCAAAUUGUGCCUCUGCUAGGAGGAGUGGCUUUUGAUGAUAUCUAUACUAUGAAUCCUCAGCAAAGCAGUCAAUGGGAUGGACUGCGUCACUUCUCCCAAACUGUGCCCGGUCAGUCUGAACGGGUCUUCUACGGCGGAACAACCGUUGAGGAGAUCAAUGACCGUCAAAACGACCGCAUUGGUCUUCAGCAUUGGGCAAAGGAAGGAAUUGCAGGUCGUGGAGUUUUGAUCGACUAUGUAACCUGGGCGGAGAAAAAGGGGAUCGAGUAUAGCACGUUCUCAACCCAUCAGGUCCGCCUUGCGGACAUUCUGGACAUCGCCAAGGAAAGCAAUAUUACUUUCCAAAAAGGCGAUAUUCUCUUUGUGCGCAUCGGCGUGACAAAGGAAUGGGACACUGUCAUGACGGACGCUCAGAAACAAGCCUACUCGGAAAACCCCAGCCCCGAGCAUGCGGGUGUUGAGGCAACCACGGACGUUCUCCGAUGGUUGUGGAACACCGGCUUUACUGUGAUCGCCAGCGAUGCCAUCAGCUGGGAGGUCUACCCACCUCAAUCCCCUGACAUUUUCUUGCACGAGUACGUUCUUGCAGGUUGGGGUAUGCCGAUCGGGGAACUUUUCGAUCUGGAAGCUUUGGCACGUACCUGCCAGGAACUUCAGCGGUGGACCUUCUUUGUGUCAUCCGUACCUUUGAACAUGCCCGGUGGAGUAUCGUCGCCGCCCAACGUGAUGGCAAUCUUUUAG